GUCUUGGGGCAAGUAAACAUUUCCGCUGUGUCGCGAUGGACUCAAACAAGGACGAAGCGGAGCGUUGCAUUAAAAUAGCCCUAAUUGCAGUAAACAACAAUCAGCCGGACAAAGCUAGGAAAUUUCUGGAGAAGGCACAGCGUCUCUUUCCGACAACUCAGGCUCAAAACGUGUUGGACUCCUUAGCGCAGAAUGGAAAACCUCCAGAAGAGAAUGGCAGUCAUGUGAACGGAGAAGGACCCACUAUGAGGCACCGCGGCCAGGCAGAGGGGGCUGAUGGGUCCGCUCAGGGGGCCACAGACUCAGCCAAACCAUACACCGCAGAGCAGAUGGAGGCAGUCAGAAAGAUUAAAAGCUGUAAAGAUUAUUAUCAAAUUCUGGGAGUUGAAAAGACAGCUUCUGAGGAGGAUCUUAAAAAGGCUUACAGAAAACUGGCGCUGAAGUUUCACCCAGAUAAAAAUCAUGCACCGGGAGCCACAGAGGCAUUCAAAGCUAUUGGUAAUGCGUAUGCAGUGCUGAGUAACACUGACAAACGAAGGCAGUAUGACCAGUACGGAGAGGAGAGAACACACCCAACCAGACAAAGACAGCAUCGUGAUUUUGAAGCAGACAUCUCGCCCGAGGACCUCUUCAACAUGUUCUUCGGUGGAGGCUUCCCAUCAAGUAACGUACACGUUUACAGAAACGGAAGAAUGCACUUUGCACAUCAUAAUAGGCAAGAAAGACGAGAACAACAGAGAGAUGGAGGUUUGGCUUUGUUCGUACAGCUGAUGCCAAUCUUAAUCCUUAUCAUCGUGUCCGCCCUUAGCCAGAUGAUGGUCACCCAGCCCCCCUACAGCCUUAGCUACCGCGCGUCAGCCGGACAUAUUCAAAAAAGGCAUACAUCACACCUGAAGGUGACUUUUUAUGUGGGAGAUCGUUUCAAUGAGGAAUAUUCCGGGACGAACCUAAAGGCUGUUGAGAGAAAUGUAGAAGAAGAUUACAUCUCCAAUCUCCGAAACAACUGUUGGAAGGAAAAGCAGCAGAAGGAAGGCUUACUGUAUCGUGCUCGGUACUUUGGAGUCGAGUUGUACCAGAGGGCACAGAGAAUGGGGACUCCCAGCUGUUCUAGACUAUCUGAGAUUCAAGUUAUAUUGGACGGCUAGAAAACCACUUGCACACAAAUGGGUUGGUCGGUACUUGAAUCAAAUAAGAAGAAAUCGGUCGGAGCCCACUGAAAUUGGAGCAUAUUUUUCCGCAGCAAACCAAGAGAAUCAAAAAUGCCUUACGUGCAGUGGGCAGCAAACUCAUCAGGGAACCUCUCUGCAAACUCCAUGUAGAUUGACUUCCUGUAGAACUGUGAGAAGCUUUGAGUUGACUGCUGACAUUUUCUUACUCUAGUGUCUUCAGGAUGGCCAGAGUCCAUCUGGCGUCGCAGUGGGGAAAAAAGUAAGAGUGUAGUUGUCUGUUUGAUGGUAAAUGAAGCUGCUAAGAUAAGCUUUCUCUGUCCCAGUCUGUUUUUGUUUUUCCUUUUUAACAUUUUGAGAACCCUCAUGGCCUUCUCAUAGACAAGACGUCUGAGCCACUCACGAGGAAAAGUGUGUAAUUUUUAUAUUUC